AGAGGCUGGUUUUUCAGGCCAGCAGACUGCAGCCCUCGUGCAGCAAAGCUGCACACACAGCUUGGAAAAGUUGCCGGUGCUGCUUUGGAGCAAGCACGCUGAUUGCAGCGCCUGUGUGCUUGGCAGGCAGGAAGCCUCGGGGACCAGCUCAUCCUCGCACCCAUCCUGUCUCCCUGCAGAUGCAGAGCCCAGCUCCUGAGCACCCUGGCAGCGGCUGGUGGAUAUGAUGGAGCUCCUAGAGGAAGAUCUGACCUGUCCCAUUUGCUGCAGCCUGUUUGAUGAUCCUCGUGUCCUGCCCUGUUCGCACAAUUUCUGCAGAAAGUGUCUGGAAGGAAUUCUUGAGGGAAAUGUGCGGAAUGUGCUUUGGAGGCCAUCCCCUUUCAAGUGCCCUACAUGCAGGAAGGAGACUCCUGUCGCUGGAGUCAACAGCUUGCAGGUCAACUAUUCCCUGAAAGGUAUCGUGGAGAAGUACAACAAAAUCAAAGUAACUCCAAAAAUGCCCGUGUGCAAAGUGCACAGCGGGCAACCCCUUAACAUUUUUUGCCGGACAGACAUGCAGCUGAUCUGUGGGGUUUGUGCCACCCGUGGUGACCACACAAAGCAUGUUUUCUGUUCCAUUGAAGAAGCUUAUUCCCAGGAGAAGCGGGCUUUUGAAACCUUGUUUCAGGGCUUUGAAACUUGGCGUUGUGGAGAUGCCCUCUCACGGCUGGAUACCUUAGAGACCAGUAAGAGGAAAGCUCUGCAGAUGCUGACAAAAGAUUCUGACAAAGUGAAGGAGUUCUUUGAGAAGCUGCAGCACACUCUGGAGCAGAAGCGAAAUGAGAUUCUGUCUGACUUUGAGACCAUGAAGCUUGCAGUGAUGCAGGCCUACGACCCGGAAAUCAAUAAACUGAACACGAUUCUGCAAGAGCAGCGGAUGGCUUUUAACAUUGCAGAGGCCUUCAAAGAUGUGUCUGAACCCAUUAUAUUUCUGCAACAGAUGCAGGAGUUCAGGGAAAAAAUCAAGGUGCUCAAAGAAACCCCUUUACCUUGUUCCACAGUGGACAUCAGUCCCACAAUGAAGAGCUUUGAUACCAGCCAGUGGAAUGGAAUAAAACUUGUUGAUGUGGACAAACUUUCCUUGCCUCAGGAAAGCAACACUUUCAAAUUCAAGAUUCCCUCAGUCUUUUCGCGCAGAUUUAUAGUGAACUCUCUUAUUUUCUUGCUCAUUCUUGCUGUCACCAGAAUGUCCUUUGUGGAGUCAGUCAUUGACAAUCUCCAGUGCUGGAAAUCCCAGUUCCUUACAAUUAGCUUGUCCUAUCUGGCAGAUACCGUGGAGAUAGCAGAUCAUGCAGUCUUUUACUGGGAACAGAUGACAGAUGGAGCUUCACUUUUAAGAGAAAAGUGUAAAAACUAUACGUUGGUUGUACUGGAUAACGUCGCACAGUUUGUGUGCAAAUAUAAACUGUUGUGAAGUGUCUGCUGGAAUAUCAGAACUAAGAGAAAUCCGGGGAAGAAAACAUGGAACUUCUUAAAUUAAUUGGUCUUUUCAGACUUCCAGUGAAAACAUUCAAAGAUUCAAAAUGAUUCCAAAACAUUCGUGAUGUUCACAUAGUUUGAGCACUGCUAAAGCAGAAAAUGAAAUGGAGCUUUGAAAAAUACUUUGUGGAUUCUUCUUUCAGUGAUUAUGGGAAUAUUACUCACUGUAAAUAAUUUUUCUUACCAAAAUAUAGGAAAAAACUGUAUCUUUAAUUUGAUGUUAAUGUAACUGUAGAAUAAGAUAAAAGAUUGUAGUUUAAAAAAAGUUCUAACUGGGAGAUUGUUUGGAAAGAGGAAGAAGUGUUGUGAUUGAGGUGAGCACUGUGCUGACAAGUUUUCUGAGGACUGCCCUUCCACCGCAAAAUGCAGCGUGCAUCAUUCACAUUCUGGAAUCUGCUUCUAUCUGAUGAUGUUACUUCUCUCUGAAA